AUGGCUAAUGGCGAUGCGAAUGCGAUGCAGUCCUCCUCUCCAUCCAAAUGGGAAUCGCUUUCCCUUUCCGCCUAUCCCAAAUCGAACGAAAACCCUAGUUCCUCCCUACCAUCGCGACUCCGACUGCGCGACUGUUCCAACUUCCAAACCAGCUUCGUUGUCUGGAAACCUCUCCGCCACCGUCCCUUCUCGGCUUCUCAUCCAACAAAUCCCAAAGACCAGAAAAUCUAUUCCGGCAUCGUCCCUUCUCUUCCAACAACAAGCAAUUCCCAAAGGCAAGAUAGCAGAGAGCAAAAAAUCCGUCCGCCGACCGCCGCCAUCCCUGCUCGAUUCGAGUUCGGCUUCGACGCUCAAAGGCGCAGCGCACGCGUCCGUUUCCCACCCCUACUAGAAUCUGUCACUUCCUUCUUGCUUGCUGCCAUUCGCUUCUCUCCAUCGAUUCGCAUCUCCAUCUCGCGAGCUCAAUAG